UUGAGAGAUGCAUGAGUGUUAUGCAGUCUGGGACCCAGAUGGUUAAGCUGAAGAGUGGAACCAAAGGGCUAGUUCGUCUCUUCUAUCUGGAUGAGCACAGGACCUGCAUCCGAUGGAGACCGUCCAGGAAAAGCGAAAAGGCAAAAAUUGUCAUAGAUUCCAUUUACAAAGUCACCGAAGGCCGGCAGUCUGAGAUCUUCCACCGCCAUGCGGAGGGGAACUUCGACCCAAGCUGCUGCUUUACCAUUUACCAUGGCAACCACAUGGAGUCUCUGGACCUGAUUACUUCUAACCCAGAAGAAGCUCGCACCUGGAUCACCGGACUGAAAUAUUUGAUGGCUGGAAUAAGUGAUGAGGAUUCCCUUGCUAAGCGACAGAGAACACACGAUCACUGGGUCAAACAGACCUUUGAGGAGGCUGACAAGAACGGAGAUGGCCUGCUGAAUAUUGAAGAGAUCCACCAGCUGAUGCAUAAACUGAACGUUAACCUGCCCCGCAGGAAGGUCCGGCAGAUGUUUCAGGAAGCAGACACAGAUGAGAACCAAGGGACCCUAAAUUUUGAAGAAUUUUCAGUCUUCUACAAGAUGAUGUCCUUACGUCGAGAUCUCUACUUACUGCUCUUAAGUUACAGUGACAAGAAGGAUCAUCUCACUGUUGAAGAACUUGCUCAGUUUCUGAAGGUGGAACAAAAGAUGAAUAAUGUGACGCCAGAAUAUUGUCUUGACAUCAUACAGAAAUUUGAAGUAUCAGAAGAAAACAAGAAGCAAAAUGUUCUUGGGAUUGAAGGUUUCACCAACUUCAUGCGCAGUCCUGCUUGCGACGUGUUUAAUCCGCUGCAUUGCGAAGUGCAUCAGGAUAUGGAUCAGCCCCUCUGUAACUACUUUAUUGCUUCAUCUCACAACACGUACCUGACCGGCGACCAGCUGCUGUCCCAGUCCAGAGUGGAGAUGUAUGCGCAAGUGCUGCAGGACGGCUGUCGGUGUAUCGAAGUGGAUUGCUGGGAUGGUCCAGAUGGAGAGCCAGUAGUGCACCAUGGCUAUACUCUUACUUCUAAAAUACUCUUCCGUGAUGUGGCAGAAACUAUCAAUAAAUACGCCUUCAUCAAAAAUGAGUUUCCAGUGAUCCUGUCUAUUGAAAACCAUUGCAGUAUUCAGCAGCAGCAGAAGAUCGCACAGUACUUGAAGGAGAUAUUCAGUGACAAACUCGACUUGUCAUCUGUAAUCACUGGAGAUUCCAGACAGCUUCCUAGCCCUCAAAAUUUGAAAGGGAAAAUCCUAGUGAAG